AUGGCUACAUCUCUAUGGCUCAUCGGUGCUCUACUAGCUAGUGUCGUCUCCGUCAUCUCGUUCGCAGUGACGAAGCUCCGCGGUCCAGGCUUCAACGUCGAAGGUAAACACGUGUUCAUCACCGGCGGAAGCUCCGGCUUGGGACUGGCGCUGGCCAAGAAGUAUGCACGUCAGGGGGCCAAAGUAUCCAUUGUCGCGCGUGGUCUGGAAAAUCUCGAGCAGUCCAAAACGGACAUUCAACGUGUGUGCAAGCACGCGGACGCUAGAGUGUUCAUCCAGUCGUGCGAUGUCACAGACUUUGCCAGUGUGCAGAAGGCAGUGGAUGCUGCUAACAAGUUCCAUGGCCGUGCGACGGACCACGUCGUGUGCUCAGCAGGUUACGCUGUUCCCGGCUACAUUGUAGACCAGGACGUGAGUCUGCACAAGUCGAUCAUGGACGUCAACUAUUUUGGUGCGCUGCAUGCCAUUAAGGCGGCUUUGCCGGCCAUGGUGCAGUGCUCGGAAAAAGAAGGAAAUGGCGGGCACAUUGUGCUCGUGGGUUCCGGACUUGGACUCAUCUCGUGGGUUGGCUACUCUCAGUACUCUGCCUCCAAGUAUGCGCUGCGUGGACUGGCCGAGUCCCUGCGUAACGAGCUCAAGCUCUAUGGGAUCCGUGUGAGUAUCUUUUAUCCUGGCAACAUUGACUCGCCUGGGUACGUGUUGGAAAACCGCACCAAGCCAGCUGAGACCAAGACUAUUGAAGGGGUGAGCGCACUCGUCCAGCCGGAAGACGUGGCACAGUCGCUGAUCAACGGAAUGAGCGACGGCCAGUUCAGCAUCACGAACGAUAUUAUGAUCUUUUUCCUGCGUGUUCUUAGUAACGGUGUUGCGCCACGCUACAACACCAUGCUGGAAACUGUGAUGCUGCCGCUGCUCAUUCCUAUCCAGGUGGGUUUUGGGUUUUUCAUGGACUUUACCGUAUGGCAGGCCAAGCGUGCUCGCGAGAACAAGCCCAAGCUUGAGUAA